CGCUCAUACUCACUUGGUCACGUCUCCCAUAUAAAGACAACCAUUCCUUCUUUUCGAAGCUCAUUUUCCCGACCUGCAGAGGCGACUUGGCCACAGAUUAUCAUGGCGCAACGAGAGGAUGACUCGGAAGAUGUGUCCUAUAAGCGAGCAGUCCAUCAGAGCGCUCUGAGUCGGCCUUCACGUCUGAGUAGUCAUGAGAAAUCCGGCAUAGCCUCAACCUUCACUGCUGUGAUAUGCGAUCCAACAAAGACCACAAGGUAUAAACGUCAUCUUACCACAGAUUCCGAGUCUAGAGACGAACAGGCUAAACGCCCACGAGCCGAUAAGACUCCUCUUCGCAAGCAUGAGCGGUUUUGGCUUGCAGACGGAAAUGCUAUAAUUGAACUUGACGGUAUAAACUUCAGGGUGCACCAAUCAUGGUUCACAAAGCAUUCAAAACGGAUUGCAUCCAUACUUCCCGACCAAGGAAUGCAAGGCAGCAGACUCGAAGAGAUUACGCUUGAUUUUUGUGGCGUGCUCAAAGCAAUAGAUUUUGAGGCACUGCUUUCAUUGUAUGAAAACCCUGGCGACUACCGCGAUUACAUCGAGACCCCAACACUCAUGUCUCUUAUCCGCGCAGCGGCGAUACUCGGUUUUGACAACGAUCGUACAUGGCUCGUGAGGGAGUUGGAAGCGCUCUGGCCGUCUAACCUCGGAGAGCUAUUUGUCAACCCAGAACCACGCCUCGAUGCUCCAGAGGUGGCUUGCCUUGCACGGACGUGUGAGAUUGAUUCACUGUUGAAGCCCGCGUUCUACGAUAUGGCAAGAGCACCUGGAUUCGGUCUGGACAGGCUGGAUGAAUCAGAGCAGAUCGGCCGUGCGGAUGUACUACGCCUUGUUCGGAUGAGAGAGUAUUUGAGCGGAAUGUGGGCUCAGGUAGCUGCACAUGAGGAUUCUACCUUUGUUUGCCAAAACCUCCAGGCUGCACCAUCUAGCAAUGACGAAAGACCCUCAGGUUUAUCUGCAAAUACCAACGGGAAGCCUGCACUUUGCCCUACCUCCUCUGCUAUGGAUAGCCACUGCCUCUCGGCGACAACACGUCGCGAGGCGUGGGUUCGGCUUGUUCACUACUCACAAAUUUUCGCUCAGUAUCGGUACGACCCACUGCGCGGACUAGCAGCAUUGAUAAACAUCCCGUGGACCGACGAAUGGUGCAGAGAUUGCGUGGAGAAAAGGAAGGCUGAUUGGCAUAAAAUGCAGAGGAGAAUCUGGGAGAUGGUUGAUUUCGGUGCUCAUUCAGAAUCGCUCGACUCUGGACAAAUCUUCUCCCAAACUGCAGGGCGACAACAGAUCAUUCAGAAAUCUCAACCAAGGCCCAGCGCGGUCUACUAUGACAGGCGCAGCUUGCUUGACCUUCCUCGUCGCAGUCUCCGUUCGAGUAUUCCUUGGACUCCUAAAGCCUCCGAUGUGAGACUCGAACGGCAUAAACCAAUGGACGGUGUUCCUGUGUCAUGUACUCCACUCACACGACUUCCAGUCUUUGAAGUAAUACCCGCUACUUCAAGCGACCCAGUAAAGAAUGCACGGCGCAAACGCGAAUCGUCCUCGGAGCCCGAACCAGCAAAGAAAAGGGCUAAACCUGCACGAGCCGAGAACCUCGUCGAAGGAGUCCGCAAGCAUGAGCGGUUUUGGCUAGCAGACGGAAAUGCUAUCAUUGAACUUGACGGCAUACAAUUCAGGGUGCAUCAAUCAUGGCUCGCCCAGCAUUCAAAACGCAUUGCAGGCCAUUUCCGCGACAAGGGAGAAAGUGGUGACAAAUUUGAAGAAAUUACACUCAAACCUUGUGGAAACCUCAAAGCAAUAGAUUUCGAGACGCUGCUGUUGUUUUAUGACAACCCGGGGGAUUAUCGCCAUGCUAUCGAGCCUCGCACCCUAAUGUCCCUAAUUCGCGCAGCGACAAGCCUUGGUUUUGACUCCGACCGUGUAUGGCUCGUGAAGGAGUUGGAAGUACUUUGGCCAUCUAGCCUGGAAGAGCUAACCGCGAACCCAGAGCCAUACCUCGAUCCUCUGGAGGUAGCUGUCCUCGCACGGAUGUGCAACAUUGAUGGGUUGUUGAAGCCUGCAUUCUACAAUAUGGCAAGGAUGCCUGGGUUCGGUCUUAACAAGCUUAAGGAAUCAGAGCAAAUCGACCGUGUGGAUAUGUUGCGCCUUAUACGGAUAAAAGAGUAUUUGAGUGACAUGUGGAUACAGGCAGCUGCGCACGAGGAUCCUGCCUUCGUUUGCCGAAACCUCCGCGAUGCGCCAUCAAGUGGUAGUGCGACUCCUUCUAAACAAGCUGACGAGAAGCCUGCACAUGGCUUUUUCACCUCUGCUAGUACGGCUAGCACGUGCCUUUCGGUCACUGCAAGACGCGAAGCGUGGGCUCGGCUGGUAUAUGAGUCAGGCAUUUUCACCCGAUAUCGCUAUGAUCCACUACGUGGACUAGCAGCGUUGAUAAACAUCGAGUGGACGAAUGAUUGGUGCCAAGAUUGUCAGGAGAAACGGAAGGCGGAUUGGCAUACAGUGCAGAGGAGCAUCUGGGAGAAGGUUGGCGAGUAUUUGAGGGAAGAUUGA